AACAACAAUAAUAAUACCUUCACUUGUGAUAAAUGCCAAAAAUCUUUCAGUAGAGCUUAUAAUUUAAAAAGUCAUCAAAAGACUCAUUCAAAUGAAAAACCCUUCCCAUGUAAAAUUUGUGGUAGGCCUUUUGCAAGACAACAUGAUAGAAAAAGACAUGAAUUCUUACACCAAGGUAUUAGAAAUUAUAAAUGUGGGGGUUAUUUAAAGGAUAAUGUAACCAAAUGGGGUUGCGGUAGAAAAUUCGCAAGAAGCGAUGCACUUGGUAGGCAUUUCAGAACUGAAACUGGUUGGUUAUGUAUCAGACCAUUAUUAAUAGAAUCAAAACAACAAGAAGAUUAUUUGAAAAGACAAUAUCAACUCAAUUUAAAUAAUCAUCAAAUCCAAAAUAUUAAUAUGAUUAAUAAUAACAAUAAUAACAAUUUAAAUUCAAAUUUACUUCCAAACUUAAAUACUUUUGACAACCAGCAAUCAACUUCUGCAACUGGCUCAAAUUUAAAUCCUAAUUUAUUUAAUAAUAUGAAUAAUAGUAUCAUGAACAACCUCUAUUCAGGUAUCAACUUUAAUGAAUUUGAUGAUCCAAAUUCCACAAACGAAAUGGUUAUCACUGAUCUAUUGAAAAAAGCAUCUGAUUUUGAAGAGUCUUCAUAA